AGCAGCCGCUGUGGCUCCUCACUCCGCCGCGGAGCGGUGUGAAACACGGAGGAAACAGGAACAAACAGGGCAAUUCAGGCUUUAUUCCGUUAGACCGCUGAAUGUAUAGGAGCUGGGGAAAAUAUUCCACAGGUGCAGCAUAGAUACUGGCACUGGAAAACCCCGGGCUGCAGCUGGAAGCGCUGGGAAAGGAGGCUGGGACCGGCUCGGUAAUUCCCGGAGCGGAUCCAGAAGAGAAGCAGGGAAGGAGAAAGGAAGAUGGAGACCCCCGGGUAAACUUUUCUUAUUGCGUGGCAGAGUCACAUAGAAACAUACAGACUGACAAGGAAGUGGGUCAAAUAAGAUAGAGUCAAGCUAUAAUUCAUAUUAAAUUCAUAGGAACUUAUUUUAAGUUGUUAUAUUAUAUUUGAUAACAUAGAUUUGGAAAGAAAUAGCUCUAGGUUCUGAUGCUUAUUUAAAACUGCAGCAUUGUUUCAUUAAAUAGGAGUAAAAACAUGCUUGAAUACAUUGUCUCAGAAUAACCCUCCAUCUAGAUGCCACAUGUAUGAAAAGAUCCUCAUGUUGGUGGAACCCUGCUGGAUCAGGACUGAGAUCCGUUUCUCUACUUUCAACGUUUUCUGCUCCUGAACAGAAGAAAAGCAAAGGACAAACAUAAAGCACUGCAUCUGACUGGGGUCAGAAUCUGCAUGAAGCCCCUAUGUUCAUCAUUGAUCUUUCUCUUUCUUCUCUAUUUGUAGUCGGAAAUUUUGAGCAUUGCGAUUCAGUCCUGGGAAAAGUUAAACUCUGGAACUUCAGGAACCAUGACCGGGCAGCUCUUGGGUUUCUCAGCCAACAGGCACAUUGUCACGGGCCUGCUGGUCAACCUGUUGUCCUCCAUCUGCAUCGUCUUCAUCAACAAGUGGAUCUAUGUCCACUACGGUUUCCCUAACAUGACCCUUACCCUUGUCCAUUUUGCGGUCACAUGGUUGGGACUUUACAUUUGCCAGAAAAUGGACAUCUUCUCUCCGAAGAGCCUUCCAGUGCGCAGGAUCAUGUGGCUGGCACUCAGCUUUUGUGGGUUUGUGGCCUUCACCAACCUCUCUCUGCAGAACAACUCAAUAGGAACGUACCAGCUGGCCAAAGCCAUGACCACGCCCGUCAUCAUCCUCAUCCAGACCACGUACUACAAGAAGACUUUCUCUACCAAGAUUAAGCUGACACUAGUGCCCAUAACUUUGGGGGUUAUACUGAACUCCUAUUAUGAUGUGCGCUUCAAUGUCUUGGGGAUGGUGUUUGCUACACUGGGGGUUCUUGUCACUUCUCUCUACCAAGUGUGGGUGGGGGCGAAACAACAUGAGCUCCAGGUGAACUCCAUGCAGCUUCUGUAUUAUCAGGCUCCUCUUUCGUCUGCGUUCCUCCUAGGGAUCAUCCCGCUGUUUGAGCCACUAACCGGAGACGGUGGGAUAUUCGGACCGUGGUCUCUGCCUGCUCUGGUGACGGUGCUGUUUUCGGGCGUGGUGGCGUUCCUUGUCAACCUUUCCAUCUACUGGAUCAUUGGGAACACCUCGGCUGUCACCUACAACAUGUUUGGUCAUUUCAAGUUCUGCAUCACUCUGAUUGGAGGAUACCUGCUCUUCCACGACCCGCUCUCUCUCAACCAGGCGUUGGGGAUCCUCUGUACGCUGGCAGGAAUCCUGUCCUACACUCACUUCAAGCUGGUGGAACAGGAGGAAGGGAAAAGUCGCCUGGCUCAGAGGCCGUAGACUGAUCCACCUCUGACCUCUGAUCCCUCACAGUGGCCAGAUGAAGAAACAUCUGUAGAUAUCUUUUUCAUAUUUUACUGGGAGAAUGUCUUUUAGAAGAAGAAAAAGAUUUUUUAAUUUUUUUUACUAUUCAUGAAGAGAAGCUGAAACAAAACGCAGCGUCAUCUGGACUCAAAAUGCAAAGCAGUGUUGGCUUUAUAGAACUAGAUUUUUAUUUUCAAGAAAGUACAGAACAGCCAGUUUUGGCUUCACUUGUCUGCAGAAUUUCCUGUGCAUGUUUAUGACAUAUCAUUGAAACAAUGGAUGGUUUUAGAGCAACUAAUCAACAGAAAUCAGGCCUGUUUCUUACUAGAACAAAGGAGCCGAUAUAAGCUUCCACUGAUCAAUGUCCUGGUUGAUUAGCAUCCUUGAAGUUGUUGUGGCCAGAAGGUCCCUCGACUUUAUACACUUAUUUAAGACAGCUUUCAGUCUUGUGUGCCGGCUGAUGUGAGUCCAAAUGCUGCCUAGCCUGCAAACUUUGCCGUGCCGCUCAUCGUGGAAAUGAUUGUCGUUCAUUUUAGGCAUUUAAUGAUUUAUUUCAACUGCUCAUUCUCCAGGAUGGAGUGAUUAUACAGCAGGGAUUUUUAGACAAUAAUACUCAAAUGUUCACAUACCUGCCUACCAAUGUUUGGUUAAAUGUCUCUUAGCAAUUUGUACCUCAAUCACUGCUUUUUGUAGCUUAUCUGCAAGCUUAUGGCAUUAUUGUGGCUGGAUAUUUGACCCUUCCUUUUUGGCCAAGUUAAGAGUUUGUUCACACUGGUUGGUUUCCUGCCACCGACCCGGCUUUUUAACCUCGUCAGGGCUUUAGGAAGGCCAGAAGCUCACUGUUGGCCUUCUUGGUCCAGUUUUGGAUACCUGUCCGGUUGAAACACCCAACUGUGUUCAAGUUUCAACCAUCAAGUUGCUGAUUUGAGGCAAAGUUAAACAAUCUGGAGGUAGUCCACCUUCUUCAUUAUUCCAUUGACUUUGUGUAAUGCUUCGCUGGCACUAAACAACCCCACACCAUGAUACUGCCACCACCAUGCUUGAUGGUUGGUGCAUUGUUCUUAGCUUUGAAAGCCUCAACUUGACUCCUCCAAACAUUCUUAAUUUUUAUGUAUUUUGGUUAUUUUGCUCAGAAAGAGACAAGAAAAAAGCAAAGAGACUGAAAGGUAUUUACAGUUCAUCCUUGGAGGAUUGUUUUUUUUUGUUUUUCAAAAGGAACUUGAAAUCAUCAAACUCUUGAAAUUUAGUUCUAAUCGAUUUUAUGAACAUAUAAAUUUAAUUUUAAAUACCAGUUCAAAGUUUCUUGUCUCACUGUAAAACUUUUCACCAGAAGACAUUAGGCUGGUCCAUGUGGGCACCAGCUGCAUAUUUCAGUCCAGCUUGAAGGUAAGGAUUUUGGAGCUUGGGCUUUUCUCUAUGUCAGCACCCUCUCAGUCCAUGGUGAUGUAAAACUGGCUUCACUGGACAGUGACACUGGUGUUCCUGCAGUUUCUGAGUCGGGGCAAACUUGAGCCUCCAAAACUGGUUUUGGAGUGAACUGUCAAGCAUGGGGGUGGCAGCAUCAUGCUGUGGAGCCUGUGGUACUGGUACAUUGUACAAAUUGGUUGAACACCCUAAGCAAUUUGCUUUCAUCUGAGGUGGUACUUUAGAUCCUCUUCCAGACCUUAGAAAAGUGCCUCAUCUGAAUAAUUUGUACUCGUAUUCAGGUAUUUGAACUGAUGAUCUUUGAAUCUGCAGUUGUGUAGAAAUGGUCCCAGAAUGCUUUCCCACCUUAUGGAAACCUACAGUUCUCCUUCUUAGAUCUUCACUGAGUUCCUUGGACCAUUGUUCUGAGUGUUGGUAAGUACUGUGAGGAUUGUCAAACAUCCUUCUUAUGCUGCUAACAGAAACUACCGGCUACAAACUGAACACCUUUACUGACUGGAAAAUUAAUGUGAACGUCAUAAACAUGAUGAGUGGGUGCAACUGUAGAUGGGAUAGAGUCCCUUCUGUUGAAUGUUAGAGAGAAACUUUGCCUAAAGAACAAAAUAUAUAUCUUAAUAUGUUGGUACUAAAAUAUUUUCUCAUAGUAUUACAUUAUUCUAAUUAACAGUAAGAGUACUAUUCCCGGACUAAUCCCCUCAGUCUCAUCCUACCAAGUCUAAGCCUGAAAAUGUUUGAUUUUCCAGUGUAGUUACUGGCUGCAGUUUGCCAGAAACCUACACUGGACCAGCUGUCAAGCAUGGUGGUGGUGGUAUCAUGCUAUGGUGCCAGUGGUACUGGUCCACUGCACAAAAUGGAUGCCAAAUAUGAAGAUGGUGGGCUACCGGCGCAUUUUCCUGCUUCCACAAGUGGGCUGAGUUUACAUCCAGACUGUGUCCAUAACUCAUUUCUUUCUGACUGAAUUGAGCGUCAGACAUUUAGACGAUGCCGUGCAACUGAUCUGUUUUUGGGGCUUUUAUCCCAUCCUGCUAUGGAUUUUGACUUUGAGUACUGGGAUGAAUUCAUUUCAAUUUUAUGCCUGGACUGAUUAUCACAGCAAAAUGUUUCAUGUUUUAAACAUUGUUGAAACAGAGCAUUUAAAGACAAAUUUUUAUACCAGUUUUUUUAGUCUGGUUUAUUGUUUACUGUCUGCAAGAUUUAUAUUUUCAUUAUAUACUGCUGUAAUUUUCUUUUUUUUUAUUCCUUUUGAGUUUCUCUCUGUUUUGACAUAUUUUUUUCUACAUGGUUGUCUGGAUCAAACUGAUGAAGCUCAGUCAUCUGGGUUGCAAUAUCAGAAAUUCAGAUUUUCUGUUUCAUAUUAGUUUUUUUUCUUUGUGUAAAAUUGAGUAAUGCGUGCAUAAAAUAACUUACUCUUUUAGCCUCAGAUUUGCAGCUGUACAACAAAAAAUUGUAUUAAAUAAAUGAUAUAAUUAUUAAA